AUGUCUUCCUUAACCUCUUCAAGCCCUGGUUGGAAAUCAGCAGUAAGGAAAGUAAAGAAAAAGGUUGAUAGCAUGGUUCAUAACUAUCCUGAGUUACCAAAAACGCUCCCAAGAGAAGAUAGGUGGAUUGGAUCGAAAAUUUCAGUGAAAAAUUAUAACAUUUUUCUUGAUCGAAACGAAAAAAUUGGAUAUAAGUUUUAUUGGGAAAACAAUAAUGUAUAUAUUAUUGAUAUGGCAAACCGAGAACAUGAAGCUGUUGUAUCAUAUCUUCAAGAAUGUUUUAGAGUUCCAAACAAUGGUGUAAAGCGUGGUCCGUUAAAGAUCUUAGGCCAACCAUCACCAGAUAUCGCGGUUUGUCCAAAUAAUGCUCAUGUUUCACAACCAUUAAUUUUACAUCCUGGUCCUCCCCCUGGAGACGGUCGUCCUCACGCGAGAUUCAUUUGUGAGGUAGCUAACGCGCAAAGCAUUGACUACUGGAAUACAAAAUGCGAAGCAUGGAUGCAUGAAAAAUAUGUGCGCUGUGUAUUUGGCAUUAAGAUUUAUCCUAAAAAAAUUAUAGGAAUAACUGUUCAUCGGCAAAUGAUUGCUAGGCUAUGGACGCGUGGAGCAUCAGCAGGGAGUGUAUUAUCAGCAGAUGUAACUUUAGAGGGAGCAGGAGUAUAUGUCAAGGAGUGGGAUUUCGGUACUAUACAAUAUAAUAAUAAUACACCUACACCUACUGGUUGUAAUGCUUUGAAUCUAAAUGCCUUUCAAGUGACCAUUCCGAUCUCGGAUGCUUUCUAUGACCCUCCAAUCAUUAGGGGAGUUCCUGCAGAAUAUGCUGUAUUUGUGCCUGGCACAGUUGUUGGCGUUAAUUUUGUCAUUGAUUUAUAUGAAAUUCAACAAGAGGUUUUAGAUGCACAGUAA